ACUCAACAUGACGGAGAACAUGCCACAGGCUGAGGGUCUCAGCCGUCUAAACCUUCUGCAUGCCUCGCUGUUCUAACUCCACAUUUUCCAGAAACGGGUUCGCUCUCAGAAACAGGCUUUUGUUCCACAUUCUCUCUGCUGCCUCAUAAAGACCACCCUCUGCUCAGUCCAAGCCCCCUUCCACCUCCCCUUCCUCCUCCUCUUCCUCCGCCAGGGACCAGGGAGGUUUUCAGCACUCGGCACGGCGGCUCACAGUGGACAGCACCACAAAGACUCACUGAUUCCUUUGCAUCAUCCAGACACCUGACAGAAACCACAGCUGACAGCCAGUCUCAGCGUCCACUAGAGACACAGAGACAGCGGGAAAGUGAUACAAGAGAAGCAAAGAGGAAGUCUUCUGUGGAUUAUCUCUGAUAUAAUUCAGAUUUUCAGCCUUCAAUCCAAGCAGGCUUUUUCAGUUAGUCUAUAACAGAAUCAGCAGCAUGGAAGAAGACCUGGACGAGGGGCAGACCCAGAAAGGAUGCUUGGAGUGUUGCAUCAAAUGCCUGGGCGGCAUCCCGUACCCGUCCCUGGUAGCUACCAUCCUGCUGUAUGCGGGCGUGGCCCUGUUCUGCGGCUGCGGGCACGAAGCCCUGUCGGGCACCGUCACCAUCCUCCAGAACUACUUUGAGGUUGUGAGGAGCCCAGUGGAUGCGCUGGACGUCUUCACCAUGAUUGACAUAAUCAAAUAUGUGAUCUAUGGCAUUGCUUCGGCUUUCUUCGUCUAUGGCAUCCUACUGAUGGUGGAGGGAUUCUUCACCAGCGGAGCCAUUAAGGAUCUGUAUGGAGACUUCAAGAUCACCACCUGUGGACGCUGUGUCAGCGCUUGGUUCAUCAUGCUGACUUACAUCUUCAUGCUGGCCUGGCUCGGAGUGACUGCGUUCACCUCCAUUCCUGUCUUUAUAUAUUUCAACAUCUGGAAUAUUUGCCAAAACGACACUGUGCUGGAGGGGGCGUCGCUGUGCCUCGACCCGCGUCAAUACGGCAUUGUCCCGCUUGCUGAAGCAAAAACUGUGUGUGCUGGAUCAGAGAAGUUCUACAGGAUGUGUGGAUCUACUGAGCUGGAUAUGACGUUCCACCUCUUCAUCUGUGCCCUCGCUGGAGCAGGAGCCGCCGUUAUUGCAAUGAUCCACUACUUGAUGGUUCUGUCUGCCAACUGGGCCUACGUGAAGGAUGCCUGCCGCAUGCAGAAGUACGAGGACAUCAAGUCCAAAGAGGAGCAGGAGCUUCAUGACAUCCACUCCACUCGCUCCAAGGAGCGCCUCAACGCGUACACAUAGAGUCCAGCGCGAGGCCUGGCCCUGCCACUCCGGCCUCUCUCCCCCCCGCCUCUCCUCUUGCUUUCUCUCUGUCUCUCUCAACCAUCCCCUCCUGAGGGGGGGCGGAUGGCGCCUAGGGCCCUCGGCACUGCUGAUGUAACCGGUGCGUCAUGUGACAAUGUGGUCUGGAGGUGCUUCUCACAAAGCUCCUUCGUCACAAGCAGCAUCUCAAAUGAAAAAAAAAAACGCCCCUUUACCUCUCUCGUGGAUGGGUUUUUCUAAUCAUCGUCAUGGCAGUUGUAUUAUUCUUGAAUACGAGUCGUUUAGUGCUGAUUGUAGUUUUAGUGUAGUUUGUAGAAUCAGAAGUAGCAGUAAUAUUUCAGCUUUUUUAAGUUUUAUUAUAGUUUGUGUAUAAAUCUUUUGUUUUUAUUUGGUAAUUUUGCUCAUUCAUAAUUUAUUUCUUUUUCAUUGAUUUCUGAGGGGGUCAACAGGGGCUUUAAAGGGUUUUUAAGCACAUUUCUCGUGUGUGUGUGGAGAUUUCAUGUGUAAGAGUGUUUUAAAUGAAUGAAUGGUUAGUUUUUGAAAAUAUUUUGCAUCUCACACCUUAAAAAAUGCAAAUUUUGCCAGGAUUCCCAGGGAUUAAGACACACUUUCACAAUAAACAACUAUUCAGUUUGUUUUUCAUUAUGAAGUAGCAAACCAACUAAAUAUUAAGAACCAAAUCGAUGCAAAGAAAUCUCUGCUAAACAGAAAUUAUUGUUAAUAUAAAGGGGGAACGAGCCAAGUUAAAUUUAACUGAGGAGUAUAACCUUGUCAUUUAAAUCUAUUUUCGGAAAGCAGAGCAUUAUGAAUACUAAUCUUGUGUUUAAGCAAAACUCUGCACUGUAAAUAUGGUGACAUCAAAGAUGAUCUUUAUGUUUUUGCACUCCUGUUUAAAGAAAAUUAAAAAGAAGCGUAUCCAGUCUCCAUCAAUCUGAACUAAAAAGAAUGAGCCUGAAGCUGAGAAGUUUCUGCUGUAACGUCGGUCCUUGGUGGAUUAAUAAGAUGUGAUUAACGUGUG